AUGCAAUAUUCUCCUGUUGAUCAAUGUCAAAGUCAUGCUGCAUUAAUUGAGUAUAUACAAAGUUUUGGUGCUUCAUAUGGCUAUGGCAUCUCUAUCACAAAAUCAAAGCCAAAUAAAACUUUAUCCAUUCAAGAUCCAUCUUAUAAUCAUAAACUAUCAAAGAAUAUAUCUUAUUACCAAUUUUUAAGAAAACUAGAUGAGCAAGCACAAAAUCAAUAUAGUGAAAUGACAAAAGCUGGA